GAAUUACAGUCCAAGUAAAAACAUCCUUAAUCCGGUUUCUCCUUAGGGUUGGUUUAAAAAGUUUCGGGCUGAUGCUUCUGUAUUCAACUACUCUUGUGAUGGCACUUUAUUAUAUUUUAUGGUGUAUGUAGAUGACAUGAUUCUCACAGAGUCACAGGGAAUGAAUUCUUCCAAGGCUAUUGAACACUUUAUUUCUCAACUUACUGUCCGGUUCUCGAUCAAGGAUCUUGGUUCCCUAACUCAUUUCCUUGACAUUGAGGUCAUCUCCACUAAGGAUGGUCUCUUUCUCUCACAAAGACAAUAUAUUUCGAAUAUACUUGAAUUCUUCUGUAUGCGAGGAUGCUAAGGACUCCACUACUCCAAUGAGCUCGUCUGCGAUCUUGCAUCUCCACAAUGGUCCAAGUUUUAGUGAGGUCGGUCAAUAUUGUCGGGCCUUGGGACUUCUUCAGUAUUUAGCCUUCACUCGGCCAGAUAUAUCUUUUGCGCUAAAUAAACUUUCUUAGUACAUGCACUGUCCUACGGUUACUCAUUGGGCAGCCGUCAAAAGGAUUUUCCACUAUCUUAAAGGCACUCUAUAUCAUGGUUUGUUCCUUCGUCGGCAAACUAAUCUCACACUCUUCGCUUUCUCCGACUCCGACUGGGCUGGUGUUCAUGAUGGUGGCCGUUCUACUACAUCUUAUGUGUUAAAUCUAGGGUCCAACAUCAUCUCAUGGAAAUCUGCCAAACAAAAGUGUGUGUCUCGUUCAUCCACGGAGGCAGAAUAUCGAGCCAUGACGAACGCUAGUGCGGAACUCCUAUGGUUCCAUAACAUUUUAUCGGAGCUUGGUAUUUCCAUUUCUGUUCCACCCCAACUGUUUUGUGAUAAUCAAGGGGCCACAUAUCUUUGCACCAGUCAGGUAUUUCAUUCCCGCAUGAAGCAUCUAGCCUUGGAUUUUUAUUUUGUCCGGGAACUCAUUGAACACGGUCAACUUCAGGUCAAUCAUAUUUCUACAAAAUGCCAGAUUGCUAACAUUCUCACUAAACCACUGGGCAAACUACAAUUUCAUCAAUUUCGAGCCAAGCUAGGAGUCUCCGACGGAUCCUCCAUCUUGCGGAGCGUAUUAAAUAAUAUUUAUGCAUGUCACGUUAUAUUUAUGUUAAUAUGUGUACAAUUAUAUUAUUCUACUCAUUUAUGUAUUUAUCUCCUUGAGUUGUAUAGAUUAGUUAAGGGAAAGUUCCCGAAAUAGGACUGAAACAGUUUGAAAAUUUUAAAAUAGGAAUGUCAUGUUUUUUGUUCCUAAAAUAGGACUAAUUAUUGUCAUGUUUAGAAAAUACUGCCAUGUUUGAAGUCUGGUACUGUCAAAACAUGACAGUAAUUAGUCAUAUUUUGGGAAUAAAAACAUGACAGUCCUCUUUUGAAAUUUUCAAAGUAUACGUUUUAGUCCUAUUUUGAGUAAUAUUCUCACCAGUUAAGGGUAGAGCUUAUCCCUUCACUUGGUUUGAAUCAUACGUGUAUUGUAUAAAUACUCCCAUGUACAUUCAUUUUAGAUACAAA